AUGCAAGGCUUGAUCACGUCCAUGCGGUUUGCCGACCUGAGCACCCAACCAUCGUCGACUGCGAUGGUUGUGUAUGUGGCAAGCAUUGUCAUUGCAAAUGUCAGAGUGUGCGAGAUCAGGCUACCUGAACCAGGAAGUGUUGAAUCGAGGCGAUGCCAGCGCGCUUACCGCAUCCAAGCUAUACCACCGACCGGCGGCAUGCCCCGCACCCCGGUCAACAUGCAAAGUGCGCCAACGCAAAUCGCGUCUUUCAUCGCAGUAGCGCUGGUUGUUAUCGUGCUCUUGGUUGGCACCAUUGCAUUGUUCUUCCAACACAAAAAUGCAGCCAGCAUAUUCGCGGCUUGCUUCUGGCUCGUCGAAACUGAGGAAGCGACAUUUAUUCUACUCACGAUGGUCGUCAACAUCUUGCCGGGUCACAUGGCGUCGGCUGUGUUGUGUGUGCUUGUCUGGGUCGACCCGGCCAACCCUGGCGCGAGCCGCCGCACGUUUUGUUCCAACACCCCUUCGAUCAUGUCGGAAAAUCCUCCCGACAUGUUGCCCCUCCGUAUGAUGGCCACGUCGCUGUGUGUCGGCAACGACAAGAGCGCACAUGGACUUCCUGGUCGCGGAAACCAAGGCCACGACCUCGUGCCCGACGUUGUCCUCAACGUGCGCCACAUCCAUGACAUGGAUUCAACAAGCGUUCCAUUGAUCGAAUGGUAUUCCGGGUGAAUUUUGUCUCGACUCUGUUCUCCUCGGCCAGGAAAGUCUUGCCAAGUGUCUGAGUGCGAGUGGCAUCUGCAGCGAUGUAGCCUUGCCUUGGGUACGAUUGAGGCGGCCUUCCUCGCCACGCGCACGAAUGACUGCGACGCAGCGGCGUGCUGAUACUGUCGAGUGGAGAAUCGAUCAGCGCUGUCUUGUGAGUUGCUCACGAGGGCGCCCCUUCGCGAC